CAGUAGGCAGUGCUGUAGGUCUGUGAAUUCACUGCUGAGCAGAGCAGAGCAGCGUGUUCAUCAGACACAGAAAAGCUGAAGUGAGAUGAAGCUAAGGGAGAUCAGACAGAUAAUAACACAUGUAACCUGCAGCAGCUGCUGGGAGCACAGGCUUCAACAAAGCCUAAACCUCUUCGUUUAGCAACUGAGAGAUCUCAGGGUGAUGGACAAGCCUUUCUGAAAGCCCUGCUCUCCAUCCCAUGCCUUUUUUGUAAAGAGCUACAGCAAAGACAGAGCAUGAGACAGACUGAAGUGCUUUUGGAGCUACGAAACUCAUUCAAAUACCUACUGCUGCUAUAUGUUGCAAUUUGCUCUGCUCAGAGAUGCUCUGGGCAGGACUGCUGAACAUAAAGAAGAUUGUUAUUAAAAGAAUGCAAGAAACAUCCAGGGAUGAGAUCUGCACAUGUAGACCAUGUCUUUCAGACAUGCUGCAUUUAAGUCCUAUAUAGAUCACAAAUCACUAGUGAAAGAAGAAAUUCCUGUUUUACUGCCGUUAUCAGUGGAGUUUUAGGACUAUAUCUCUGGAGUUCAAGACUGAAUUGAAAAGGUAUACCGUCCAGAAAAAUGCAUUGUCUAUUACUGGAGGAGCUGCAGUCGUUGAGAAGAAUGAUGUAUUUUAGAAGUUGGUGUGCUGGACCUAGCCCCUGGUGCUGUCAACUUAGUGGUAUAAUCCAUUCACUGACCAGUAAUGAGUGGACAUUAACUGAAGACUUCAUUUAACACUUUUACCCAAGUCAGAGACAAGGAGCAGCUACAGAGCAGACAUAAUAUUGUACAACCUACAGCGAACUGUUUUGGAGUAUGUGUACAGAAGCGAACAGCGUAAAGGGCUUUUAAAAAGUUCAGCUCUCGGGCCAUGUCUAAACUCUCAGAUUUUCAGGCACAAUCUUAUCAUCAGCAGAAUCUACUGGAUAUGGCUUAGCAAUGUGAAAAAGGAAAGGCACUUACCUGAAUGAAAAAGUAAUUCACCACUUUGAGAAAAAUAAAUAAAGGCUGGACUAACAAUUCAUUUUAACAUGGCCGAGUUUAAAAAUAUUUUAAAAAUUGUGACACACAGAGAAAUCCUCUUUACAUCUGCUGAACUAAUUUAAUACAGUAAUAUGGAAGCAUAGUACAUAAAUUACAGGAUUUUAUAAAACAUAAUACUUGUGAUGAAGGCACCUACUGUUUCUCCACACAUUGGCUAAUAAUCACCUUCAAAGAGUAGGAAAAAGAAAGCAAAGGCGCAGACUAUGAGUAGGGCAUGGCGAAGUUAAUAGUAAAAUGUCACCGCUAUUUUAGACGUAAGCCAGUUCGUUUUUUUACUUUUAUAAUUCUUUACUUAACUGCUGGAAGCCUAGUAUUUCUGCAUUCUGGAUUUGUUGGAGAAACAAAUGUAUCUGAGAAGGAGUCAAGCACUGGUGAGACUGUUAGCUAUAGGACUGAUUUUCAUAGCUUGUCAUUCCUACAGCUUGGAAAGGGCUUUAAAGAACCUGCUGUGACCCAGAACCUACCACGACGAUAUGGGUCAUGGUUAAAAGAGAUCUCAAGAGAGUCACCAAGAUGGAAUAAAUCUGGAAGCAGCAACAGACCAUGGACAAGGGCUUUGAAGGGUAGAACUAUCCGAGAGCAAGAGGAGAACAAAGCAAAAUAUAUUGGCUGUUACAUGGACAACACACAGCAAAGAGCACUCCGUGGGGCAUCCUUUUUUGACUACAAAAAGAUGACUGUAUUUCGAUGCCAGGACAACUGCGCAGAAAGGGGUUAUCUAUAUGCAGGACUGGAAUUUGGUGCUGAAUGCUACUGUGGACACAAGAUCCAGGCCAUAAAUGUCAGUGAUUCUGAGUGCACUAUGGAAUGUAAAGGGGAAAAGAACAACGUAUGUGGUGGAGCAAAUCGUCUUUCAAUAUACCGUUUGGAACUUACACAAGAGUCUGCCAGAAGAUAUGGGAAUGCAAUAUUUCGAGGCUGUUUUCAAAGACCAGAAAAUGUCUCACUUGCAUUGCCAGUCAGUGCUGUUAUGUGGAACAUGUCUGUGGAAAGGUGUGUUGACUUCUGCACUGAAAAGGAGUUCUCAUUGGCAGUGCUAGCAGGAACAAUCUGUCACUGUGGCUUUCCAACUACACACUUCAUGCUUCAUGAGCGGGAGGACGAGCAACUCUGUGCCCAGAGAUGUAUAGGUGAAGAAUAUGAAAGCUGCGGGAAUACUGAUUACUUUAUUGUUUAUCAGACACAAGUACAAGAUAAUCGCUGUAUGGACAGAAAGUUUUUGCCAGCAACUUCAAGUCAGCUUAUAGCCCUGGCCAGCUUCCCGGGUGCUGGAAAUACUUGGGCCCGUCACCUCAUUGAACUUGCAACUGGGUACUACAGUGGAAGCUACUAUUUUGAUGGUUCACUCUACAAUAAAGGUUUCAAAGGUGAGAAAGAUAAUUGGAAAAGUAGGAGGACUAUAUGUAUUAAGACUCAUGAAAGUGGCAAAAAGGAAAUUGAAAUCUUCAGUGCUGCAAUUUUGCUAAUUCGUAACCCAUAUAAAGCACUGAUGGCUGAAUUCAAUCGGAAAUAUGGUGGGCACAUUGGAUUUGCAUCGCAGGGUCAUUGGAAAGGUAAAGAAUGGCCAGAAUUUGUAAAUAACUAUGCACCAUGGUGGGUAUCUCAUACACUUGACUGGCUGAAAUAUGGCAAAAAAGUUUUAGUUGUCCACUUUGAGGAUCUCAAGCAUGAUCUCUUCAAUCAGUUGAAAAGGAUGGUGCAGCUUUUUGACUUCAACAUUUCUGAUGACAGACUUCUGUGUGUUGAAAGUCAGAAGGAUGGAAAUUUCAAACGCUCAGGUCUUAGGAAGUUGGAAUAUGACCCUUACACUCCAGAAAUGAGGAAGAUGAUUAAUAGUUACAUAAAGACAGUGGACAUGGCUCUUAAAUUGCAAAACCUCACAGGUGUCCCAGAUGAAUAUGCCCCUAGAUAAUUGUGUUUUCAUAGUGUUUAAAAUUAAUUUAUAAUGGUUGGUUUUUCCAGCUAGUUUUAGCUCCACCCAGUGGGUGGUUUUAAAAACAGUCUGCUGCUAUUAGCUCCAAAUGAAUGAAACUGCAUGAGAUAUUGGAUAUUGGGCCUUUUUAAGAAGAAUUGUUAACAAGUGCAUAUAUCUUAAAUUUUGUUAGCUAAAGUGGACAUCAUUCAAUACCUGAUGUUUAAACACUUUGAUUUUGUAGAAAUUUUAAUUCGGUCUUGUUUUUCUUUUAUUUUAUUAGACAUUCAAAUAUGAUACUCUACCUUUACAAAAUGUUAGAAAAGUACAGUUUAAUAGUAGAGUAGCUGUAAGAUCAGUUCCUGCAAGACAAAAAUUAUUUUGGCUUCAUUUUUACUGCUAUGUUUUUCAAAAUCUUUACUAUUUUCCUACAUUUUAAUUUCUUUUUAGAGCAUUUUCACCAUGAGCUGCACAUUUUAGAUUCUUUUAUUAACACACCAGCUUUUUGCAUAAAUCACAAUUUAGAAGAAGUAGAAAUAUGUUUACAGACAUGGAAAUGAAUCAAAAUAUACAAGGACAUAUACAGCUGAAGAACUCUUGACUGGCCUAAUGAUAUGUAAUGUGUUAUGAGUUAUCCUUCUAUGCUAAAACAAUGGCCUCCAUUAAUAAGUAUCUAAACAACUUGCCAACUUUUAAGUGAAGUUUGCUGCCUUGUUCAUAAAAUACACAUUUGAUUAACAUCCUCAAGUUUAUGAAAUAAGUAUCAAUAUAUAUUGUGCUCAAACAGAUGAGUCAUGUUGUAAUAAUUAAGCCACUCACUAUAGAGCAUAUGUUUCACUUUCCAGUUGAGGAGUAAUGUUUAUAUGAAUCAAUUUACUACACAAGAUGACAUUUUCUGUCCUUAAAUCACUGCUAUUAGCAAGCCUUAAACUUAAUAGGAUCAGUUUAACCUAUCUGAUUUUUGAAUAACUUAGCUUACUGGUCGCAGCAUGUACAUACUAUACUACAUCAGAAGGAGUUUGAAUCACGGCAGAGUCCAGCAUUCACAAAGUAGGCCAUGAGCUCUACUGUCUAAACCAAGAUGCCAGGAAAUGUGGAUUUUUUAUUGUUAAGCAAAUUUACUCACCCCUUUACAUUCAUGGACUAGUAUACUUCACUUCUGAGAGUAAGCAUAUGUGAAAAGAGGAAGUGUUUGUGCUACACAUUUCCUAAUGGUGGGAGACCUCAGACUUGUUGCAUGCAUAUUCACUGGGUUGGGAGUAAAAAGCCCCUCAUGUGGGAGGUGCAAAUUUCUUUACUCUAGCAUAUACAUACGUGUGCACACAUGCAUACACACAACACUUCCGUGGUGUUUUUUUCACCAUUUGAUUUCUCCUGCUGUAUAAAUUAUUGUUAUGAAAUUAAUUUUGUAUAAUGCCAUCUUCAUUCUCUGAGGUAUUCAACAGCAUAUGACUGCAUUUCAGUAAGUAGGGACUUGCUUUAUUCAAGAAGAGUUGAUUUCAGCUUGCAGCAUACAUUUAAGUUUGAAAAGAAAGACAAAAUAUUAAAUAAAUACAUUUGUUUGCAAAGGAUUAUUUCUAUUGCUCUCCUUUGGACUAGCAAAAAACAUUUACUCCAAGAAACAUAAAAAAAUCAUGACUGAAAACUAAUUAUAUCAAACUGAAUUUCGUAUACACUCCAAUGGUCUGGACUUUAUAAAGCUUUCUUGAAACCAAAUAUUGCAUCAUAAUUCUUGUUGAAGAAUAUUUAUUCUGUCACUCAUCUUUCUUUACUAUAAUUGCACUGUAUGGGUUACAUUUUAGUUUAUGGAACUUUCCAGCAGCUGUUCUGCAUAAUCUGUACAUUAGCAAUGGACAGUGAUGCAAAAAUGCCAUAUAAGUAAACUACUUUAUAUGAGCCCUGGAAUCUUCAGUUUGUCAUUGCUAACUUUUCCAUUCUUUAUAAAAAAAAGUAUAUGAAUAAACUGCAAGAGUAAAUCUGGAAGUAGGUACACUAUGAAAUGAUUAUAUUUUUAUAAUUUCUAUCAGCACUAAAAUAAGUUAUUAGAAACAAAUUUGCAGCACUGGAACUAUAUUUUUCUUAAAUUUCUUAUUUUGAAUGUUUUGGCACUGAUAUGGGCCUUAAUAUGGGGUCAGAUAUCUGAAUGUAUUUUAUAAAAAGACAACACAAAUGUGUCUUCUUACCUUACAAAAGGUAUACAAUAUUUAUGAUAACUGUAAGUCAAAAUACAGGUUUCAAUAAGUGGAAAAAUAAUACCCUUUUUUAAAAAAAAUGUUACACAUACUUGUACCUACCUGAAUUUUCCUCAGGUUGUUCCUACAAUUAAAUUACAUUUGUUAAUAACAGAAA